AUGGCAUCGCAGGAUAUUGGACGACCGUUGCCCAAAUUUGGAGAGUGGGAUGUGAAUAACCCUGCAUCAGCUGAAGGUUUUACUGUGAUAUUUACCAAAGCUAGAGACCAGAAGAUGUCCAAUGGGGCUCCUGGGACUGGAACACCUUCAUCUAAACCAGAACCCAACUCUCAAUAUCCCCCAGAGAAAAAGUGGUUUUGCUGCAUGUGA